UCCAAACAAAUUUUAGAACUCCCAAACGCAAUCCUGCUCUUUCAAAUUUUUCUGCUCUUAACCAUCAACCAUGGCUUCUUCUACGGAACCCAAUCCUCUCCACCACAACGUAGCCACUUUCAUUAAUACCACUACCACUAAUCUCCUUUCUCUCCUCUCCCCUCCAAAUAAAACGCCGCCGUUCCUCUCCCAACCUUACACUCCCUCCUCCAAGCUCUCUUUCCCUCCUCUUAAAUUCACCGACUCUUCAGUUCGUUCACCCCCCGAGUCCACGCAGCCCGACUCACUCUCUCCCCAAUCCGACGCCAAGGGCGUCUCCUCCGCCGAGUCCUUCCCAUCGACGGUCAGGAUUUCUGGAAUCAAUUCCAAUGGGAAGGGCGGUGGGCCCGCCUUUGUGGGUCAGGUUUUCAGCAUGUGCGACCUUUCUGGUACCGGCCUCAUGGCUGUCUCUACUCACUUUGAUAUUCCCUUCAUUUCUAAAAGAACACCUGAGUGGCUAAAGAAGAUGUUUGCAACAAUUACUAAGAGUGAAAGGAAAGGCCCUGUCUUUCGCUUUUUCAUGGAUUUAGGUGACGCAGUUGCAUAUGUUAAGCAGCUAAAUAUUCCUAGUGGUGUGGUGGGAGCAUGCCGUCUUGAUUUGGCUUAUGAGCAUUUUAAGGAUAAACCUCACUUAUUUCAGUUUGUUCCAAACGAGAAACAGGUCAAAGCAGCCAACAAGCUUCUAAAGACAAUUCCACAGAGUGAUGGGAGAAGAAGGAUUGAUGGAGUGCCUGUUUUCAGUGCUCAAAAUUUGGAUAUUGCAAUAGCUACAGCAGAUGGAAUAAAAUGGUACACUCCAUACUUCUUUGAUAAAGACAUGCUAGAUAGCAUUCUUGAAGAAUCUGUUGAUCAGCACUUCCAUACUUUAAUUCAAACUCGACAUAUGCAGCGCCGACGUGAUGUAAUUGACGACAACUUGGCAGCAGAAGUGAUUGAAGAGAUUGGAGAUAGUGUAUGGGAGCCUCCAGAGGUUCAAGAAGUGCUGGAUGAGAUAGGCCAUCCGGGAAUACCCUUAAGUGUCAUUUCAAAGGCUGCUGAAAUCCAGCUUCUUUAUGCUGUUGACAAAGUACUUCUGGGUAAUAGGUGGUUGCGAAAAGCUACUGGCAUUCAACCAAAAUUUCCUUACAUGGUUGACUCAUUUGAGAAUAGGAGUGCAGCAUCUUUUCUAAGAGCUUCCGAGUCAACCAGCUGCCUUGCCAAUUCUGGAUCAGAUAAUGGCACUUCAGAUCAUCAAUUGGAAGAUAAGCGUUUAGAAAAACACGGGCAGAGACCAGAUUUUCGAUUUCCUUUUGGAGAUUGGUUUAGUCACCCAUGGUUAAAGCGAGAUCACCAAUCUCAAAAUACAUCUUCUAGAACCAACACUUCAUCUAUAGAAUGCACAAAACAAAACUUACAGCCAAAUCCUUUUCUUCCAAAAAUUACAAUGGUGGGAAUCUCAACAGGGGAAACAGGGCAGAUGAGCAAAGCUAGUUUAAAGAAGACUAUGGAGAACUUAACGAGAGAGUUGGAGCAAACCGAUCAGGGAAAUGCCACCAGUGUUAGUAGCAACGAGCUCAAAAUGGAAGAUAGGGAUCCACUGUUUGUGGCAAACGUGGGUGAUUAUUAUUCAGGCCUGGCAAAGACUGGGUCAGCUCGAUUUGUUCGUGGAGGAAGCAACUAAAUGAACCUUACUAACCAAAUACCUUUUUUGGGCACUAGUUUCUUCUAAUGUAAAAUUAUUCGAAAGUCAGAAAAAUAAUAAGAGAUGUAAAUUUGGUAAUGCGUUGUUCAACAGGUCAUUUAUCAUCAGUUAAUUGCUCAGUUGCUUUGCAAAGCCUGUCGAAUCAGAUGUGAAGUAUGAUUGGAUGGUAAUUUGCUUGAGCUGGUGCUGGCCGUAUGACUUGUAAUUUUGGAACUUUGGUUCUUUAUACAUGAAAUUAUUGGUA